AUGGUUGGCAGUAGUGUUCUCUUUGGAGCCCCUGUUUUUUACAGCAGCAGAGGGUUUGGGUACAUGAUUAUGGACGUGACAAAAAUGCCCCUGUCCGUGAUCCUUGCCUCACUCUGCGCGAUGCGUGCCUGGCUCAUCAUCAUCAGCAGGUGCCCCUGCCUUGCGGCAUCCCGCACUUUCACCUGGCUGCUGCCUUUAGCAUUCAUGUGGUAUCCCAUUGCCUUCCUCUUCGUCUGGCAUGCAGCUUUGUUGCUUAUGAAGGGCUCUGUCGUUGUCGUGCCCAUGACAGUGGUGUAUUUUGCGAUGGUGUCGCUCGGCGUUGGCAUCACCGCAGCCCUGAAUCGAUGCAAGUGCAGGAGCGGAGGCUAG